CGGGUUAUCAGAUAAUAUUUUGUUGUCGGUGAUGCCCCCCCACCAUCUACCUUAACUUCAUCGCAACCUCUAUUGUCCCAACAGCUCACCAGCAUGUCGCAACAGAAGCGAGCUUCCAAGGCAAAAACAGCCGACUCCACAGGGGCAUCCAAGGAGCCCAAGACGGUUUACGAGGACGCUCUCCAUACGUACUACUUGACCCGCCCGUUCGACCGCGCCUACGAGGGACAUGGCCUCGAUGGCAUGUCCGCAGUAGACAAGCAGGGCUGGAUCACGCAGCAGUCGGCCCAACCCGGAGUCAUAGAGGAGCUCUCCAAGAAGACGCAGAAGGAAAUUUUGAAGCAGGUCAGCGACUUGGGCAUCCCGGUGCGCAGAGCCCACAUCAAGCCCACGCCCGACCAGUGGGGCAAGGACAAACACGGUCGGAACAUCGGCGACUACACGCUCGAGGAGCGCAACGUGCGGUUCACUAAGCAAAGCAAGUUGAGAAAACUGACCAGCGCAAGUGACCGGUUUAGGAACCGGCGGGACCUUGUGCUAAGUGGCCUCGUGGACGGUAACACCGGCGAACCUUUCACCUUGGAAGACGGCGCCGUGGAGAAGGAGAGAGUGAGAAGAAAAGAAAUGGCGGCACUGAAGGACGACCUGUACGGGGAGAAGCGCAACUCAUAUUCGAUGGACCCGGAUUGGGAUGAUGUAGUGCCCAUUCCUCAGUCGGAGCCAGAGGGUGCGUUGGCAGCUAUAUCGUACCCCGAAGACUACGCGGAAUCUAUGUCUUAUCUCCGCGCUGUAAUGGCAGCACAGGAAUAUUCUCCCCGCUGCCUCAAGCUGACCGAGGACAUCAUUUUCAUGAACCCAGCCCACUACACCGUCUGGCUCUACCGCUUCUCCAUUGUCCAGGCCCUCAAAAUCUCCAUUCUCGAGGAGCUCGCCUGGCUCAAUAAUGUCGCCCUGGAACACCUUAAGAACUACCAAAUUUGGCAUCACCGCCAGCUGCUUAUCGACCACUACUACCCAUCCAUCGCAGACGCACCCGACGACAUCAAGAUACUCGCAAACAGCGAGCGCGACUUCCUGAUGCAGAUGUUUGCCGAAGACGCCAAGAACUACCACGUCUGGUCGUAUCGGCAGUAUAUCGUCCACAAGCUCAGCAUGUGGGACCAAGUCGAGCUGCAGAGCAUCGAAGGCAUGAUUGACGAGGACGUGCGCAACAACUCGGCGUGGUCGCACCGUUUCUUUCUCGUCUUCUCGAACCCCAGCUAUGCGACGGAGGACUCGCAUUCCACGGAGCACGACCCCAAGGUGCCUGCGGAGAUUAUCGACCGCGAAAUCCGGUACGCACAAGAGAAAAUCAAGCUUGCGCCGCAGAACCAGAGCCCGUGGAAUUAUCUGCGCGGCGUGCUGGUCAAGGGGGGCAGGAAGCUCGGCAGUGUGAAGGGGUAUGUCGAAGAAUACGUCAAGGAUUUGGGGGAGGAGAGCGAGGCGGUUCGUAGUUCUCAUGCGUUGGACCAGCUGGCGGAUACGUACAAGGAGGCUGGCGAUAAGGAGAAGGCGGAUUUGUGCCUUCGAAGACUGGGUGAGAAGUGGGACCGGAUUCGCCAGGGUUACUGGGAGUACCGGAGACAAACACUUGAAGUCUAGAGGGGUGCGUUCAGCUUUGAACAUCCAAGUUCGGAUUGACUCUUGAUAUAUAAGCGCCACGACCUGUGGCCUGAGCCUCACUGAGGGCUGCUGGAGCGACUCGACUUCUGAGCUCGUGGUCUUCUCAUCUCUGGCGAGUUUACAAACUCCUGCAAAGAGUUAUUCAUUGAUGCUAGGGCAGAGGAUAUUGGUCGGCCCAUACUCACCGUAGCUAUUUGCUUGGGCAUCCGACACUAAUAGGCAGAUAGAUCAAUGGAUAUCUGGGAAUAUCCAGCAAAAAGUAUGAAUCCUCUUGGGUCACUGGACAAUUUGCUGCGCCACCAAUAUACCAAAUGCGGUAAUCUUGUCAGAUAGAGUUGGCAACGUCGAAG